CCCUCUAUAGCUAAACGCGCUGCUCUCUGGGAAAGGCAGUCCUUCCUCCGUUGCUGCUCAUAGUAAAGCUCCCUCUGUGAACUACAUUUCCCGGCGGGCUUUGCGGAAGAGAGCGCUUCGUAUAUGAAAGUCGAGCUUCGGCUUCGGCAUCAGGAAAGAUGGGGAAGCGCUACUUCUGCGACUACUGCGAACGCUCCUUCCAGGACAACCUCCACAACCGGAAGAAGCACCUGAACGGAGUCCAACACAUCCGGGCCAGGAAGGCCUGGUAUGACCGCUUCCGGGAUGCGGCCGCUGUCCUGCAGGAGGAGCAGAACAAGAAGCCCUGCAGGAAGUUCCUCCAAACAGGUCAGUGCGACUUUGGCUCCAAUUGCCGCUUCUCCCACCUGGUGGAGGCUGAUCUGCAGGCGCUGGAGGAGCAUGUCCGAGCAGAAGAAAAGCGAGCUGCAGACCGCCAGAGCGACACUGAGACAGCCAGGCCACCAGGCAACAUCGAGGACUGGCUGGAAAAGCGGGUCAAGCGGCUACGGGCCACUGAGACCAAGAGUUCCCUCCCAGAGGAAGAAGUGGCUUUCCAGCAGCCCCUGGGGUGGCCCCCCGAACACAGCCUCCCCCCUUCACUGAGGGCGCCCCCUCUUGGUGGCUGGGCGGUCCCCCGGGAUCUCCAUUGGGGUUGACCUACAACAUAUUUAUCUAUUUGUCUCUCUUUUUGCUAUUGAUCCACAGGACGUUGUUUAUUUAUUUUUACUUCUGAUCAAUUGAUCGGUUUUUCUCUUGGAUCCAUGCGUUUGAAUGGCAGGUGAUAAACAUUCCUCCAAAUCGCGAAGAGUUAAUGGAUAUUAAUUCAAAAGGCAAUGUAUUGUGGGCAUUGAACCAUCAAUCAAUUGAUUGAUUGAUCAAUUGGUCAAUCAGAGCCAGACGGGUCGAAUUAAUGGAUAUUAAUUAAAAAGGCCAAGCAUGAAAACGGCUCGUGUCAGUAUUAAACCACCAAUUGAUUAAUUGAUCAAAUGAUUGAUCAAUCGAUUGAUUGAUUAAUUGAUUGAUCAAUAGGUUAAUCAGAACCAGGUGAGACAAAUUAAUGGAUAUUAACUUAAUUAGAUAGACAAAGCAUUAAAAUGGCUAGUGUUGGCAUUACACCGUCAAUUAAUUGAUGGAUUGAAUAAUUGAUUGAUCAAUCAAUUGGUUAAUCAGAACCAGACACAAUGAAUUAAUGUUCCCAUAAACAAAGCAAUAAACAGAGCAGCAGUGUGCUUAGAAACAA